UCGCCACAAAACGCACUUGCACUCGUAUCUUACAAUAACUUCGAUUAGCUAUGCCACCACGAAGGAAAAAUACCUCAGGAUCCAGUGGCAAACUCAAGCAGAAGACUCUCGAGGGAUUUGUCGCACAUAACGAUGCUGCAGAGCCUUCAACCCCUAUUCCCCAAGGCGCUGGUCAGAAGCGCAGACGCGUCGCCUCUUCCCAGCGCGCGUCUCAACGCGUAGGAGGCGGAGAAGAUGAGGAUGUCAGUAGUGAUGAGGUGGUGGAGACUAUUCACUUCGAGCCGCGACGUGUUGGCAUCUCCGAUGACGAAGACAACCAGGGGAGCUCCCCUCGAAGACCCAAACGAGCCAAGAUCUCCGCUGCUGUUGGCUCACGCCGUACUUCACCCUCCGUGGACAUAGAGAUUCUUUCCGAGAGUGACAAUAGUGCCAAACACAGGACUGCACCUGCUAGAAGAAAGGGUAAAGCAGCGGCACAGGCUCCAGUUCGCGAUGAGGAGAGCGAGGAGGAGCAGCCUCGACGACGGCGUUUGCGCAAAGGUGUUCGACCACCAACACCAGAGGAGGAACUUAUGGAGGAAGUCAACGAAGAUGCUAUCGUCGACAGCCGGUUGCGCUCUCGUCAAAAGAAAACUGCGUUCCAGAAAAAUCUGGACAGAAUGAAACGCAAGAAACGCGGAAUUGCUGCAUCGUCCUCUUCAUCGUCUGAGGGUAGUGAGGAAGGUAAUGAUGACGAUAACGAUGCGCCGUUUGCUGGCGCCAGACCUGAUGCUAGCAGCGAUGCGGAAGGUGAUGAAGACAACGAUGAACAAGACGGGUCGGACCACGAAGAAAGUUGGAUAGUGGAGGACGAAGGCUCCGUUUCCGAAAUGCUACCCACGGAGUUCAGCAUGAACACCCAUCAGGACCUCAUUCAUCAUUUCAAGAUUAUAUGUCAGCUCUUCGUGCAUUCAGCUGUCCGCCCCGCAGAAGAGCGAGGGGCGUUCAUGAAGCAGCAGAUUGAGGAGAAUGAUUACUUCAAGAUACCCUUGGUGAUAGCUCGUCGUAAACUUUCUGGCCUUCGGGACGUUUCGGUGGCUUCGUCCGUGUGGCGACCAGCGUUUCGGAAAUCGCUUCUCACUUAUUCAGAGUUCAGCCUCACAAGGCUAGACUUUGCCGUUCCCCAAUGUGAUGCUUGUCAUCUUGGUGGCAGACUGUCGACGUUUGCUGGAAGAGUACUCGGUGAUCGAUACGAUCCAUUCUCUUACGAGCCAAUAGGUCAAACCUCGGAUUCAGAAGACAGCGACGAGGAAAAAGAUGAUGUCCACGACAGCGCUUGGCGACGUCGAUCUAAAUCGAAUAUCAGGGCCGAAUACAAUCUGGGCCGUUUCUGUGCCGCUCGUACUCAAGUCUUCCACAAUUUGUCCCAUUGGGAGUACGAACUGUUCCACUCGCUUCUGCGGGAAGUGGACGAUCUGCGGAAUAGGGCUGAGGGUGGAAAGCCACAUUUCGUUCGCGUGGCUUUCUCGAAAGGCCUGCAGCCUCCUGAUGAUCUGACUGACGCAGAUGGUAUCAUGGACUGGUUGGACGAGAGAGGAGUGAUUGGUAUGGAGUGGAACAAGAUCAAACAACUGAUGGAGAGGGCUAGGCAGCUUGAGGCGAAGGCGGGAAAGAAAGAGGACGAGAUUGACCUGGAUGUUUCUUGA